GCUCAUAGCAGAGAUAGGAACUGGAGCAACAAGGAGCAGGUUACCCCCUCCACCUGAGCAGAGAUCCCAUCCCAUACCCAGGAGUUUAUUAUACAGCAAGGAGCAGUGCCAACUGGUGCUGGGUCACCUGGAGACAUGACUGACACUAUACUUCCAAUGGAUCCCAAGGGCAAAGACCAGGGCUACUUCAGGAAGGGUAAAGCGAUCGCACAGACUGGACGCAGCAAACUACAAAAUCAAAGGGCUGGCCUAAACAAUCAGAUCCUAAAGGCGAUGCGAAUGAGAGCUGGAGCAGAGAACCUUCUACGGGCGACGACAAACAAUAGAGUUCGAGAACAGGUUCUGCUGGAGCUCAGUUUUGUGAAUUCAAACCUGCAGCUUCUGAAGGAGGAGCUGGAAGGACUCAACAUAUCAGUGGAAGUCUAUCAACACAAUGAGCAAAACUCCAACAUUCCUCUUAUACCUCUAGGGCUUAAGGAGACAAAAGACGUGGAUUUCACAACCGCAUUUAAGGAUUUUAUUCUGGAACAUUACAGUGAAGACGGAUCUGAUUAUGAGAAUGAGUUAGCGGACCUUAUGGAUCUCAGACAGGCAUGUCGGACCCCUACCCGAGAUGAUGCUGGUGUGGAUCUACUUGUGGGUUACUUCCAGCAGCUCGGAUUUAUUGAGAACCGAUUUUUCCCACCCUCACGGAAUAUGGGAGUAAUAUUCACAUGGUAUGAUUCAUUCACCGGGGUGCCUGUUAGCCAGCCAAAUAUCUCAUUGGAGAAGGCCAGCAUUGUAUUUAACAUCGCAGCCCUGUAUACUCAAAUUGGAACACGCUGUAACCGACAGACGAAGGACGGACUGGAAAAUGCCAUCAGUGCAUUUAAAAGAGCUGCAGGUGUACUCAGCUAUCUGAAGGAGACGUUCACCCAUACCCCAAGCUAUGACCUGAGUCCAGCCAUGUUGGGAGCUCUCAUCAAAAUGCUUUUGGCUGAAGCCCAUGAAUGCUACUUUGAGAAAAUGAUCUUAUCUGGGAUCCAGAAUGAAUUCUGCACGCUGGCAAAGGUGGCACAUGAGUCCGCUAAGGUCAGCCAGGUUCAUAGCCAAGUCUUCAAUGCAAUGAGCCAAGCACCAAUAAAAGAGAACGUCCCAUAUUCGUGGUCGGUCAUGGUCCAGGUGAAGGCAGAACAUUACAAAGCCCUAGCACAGUACUUUGUGUCCAUCAUGCUCAUCGACCACCAGUUGAAUUUGACUGAUGAUGAAGAUAAGCAGGAGAAAUGCCUGUCCCAACUUUAUGACUCGAUGCCCGAAGGACUGACCGCUCAGACCAUAUUGAAGGACAGACUGCAGCGGACACAGCUAGGGAAGGCACAUCUGGCUAAAGCCAUUGCAAGCCACGAAGAGGCUAUCCGCUUAUCCAACCUUUGUAGCAAGCUGAGGAAUAUCGAUGUCCUCCAGGAAGUCCUGUGUGCAUUCAACAAGAGAUCCCAGCUUAAAUUCUCUCAGCAUCAGAGGACGGAUGAUUUCCUUAAUUUACUCACAGCUCCUGAUAUUGUUGGUAAAACCGAAUAUAAAGCAGAAAGCAUUCCUCCUCAACUGUCGAGAGUGAAAGUAGUGGACAUUUUUCAGAGACUGGGUCCUCUGUCAGCGUUUUCAGCAAAGCAGAGGUGGUCAGCCCCCAGGAAGAUCCAUUUGACGACUGAAGACGGGGACUUGGGAUUUGUCUUACGAGGGGACUGCCCUGUGCAAGUGACAGCCAUCGAUCCACUCUGCCCGGCAGCAAGGGAAGGUUUGAAGGAAGGAGAUUACAUUGUAUCCGUAGACGGCGAGGACUGCAAGUGGCGGAGUGUAAACGAGGUUAUGGGUAUGAUUAACGCAGCCAACGCAGAUGUGGACGUUCAGGCCGUCAGCCUACAGGAGUCAACGUCGAGUAUUCACAAUAAGAGCGCCACUUAUUACGCCGGCAUGCAAAAAACAUAUUCCAUGAUCUGCCUGUCCAUGGACGACGAUAAGGCUAAGACACAAAAGGCCACAAAGAAACCAUCCUUCCUAAGCUGGGGAUUUAAAAACCGACAGAAAGCCGCAAGCACGCUCUGCCUGCCAACGGCAACAGCAGGAAAGACACCGACAAACCAGCUCUUCCUCUCGCCAUACAACACUUUAGGAAGUGAAAGUGCAAUGUACUAAGGAAUUCUUAUCUGCAAAUCCAAUUUAUUCCAAGGACAUAAAAAAAACUAUAUAAGCAAACACUGUGAUGGUUCUAUGAACUCCUCCGAGCUGUGAGAUACUCCGAAACUGCGAAAAAAACCAUCUAUAAUGGGAAUUUUAUUUCUUAAAACUUAAUAUUCUAUAAGUAUUACAUUAUAGGAAUAUUGCCAGCAAACUUUACUGCAAAACACACACACGCACGGUGACUGCCCUCUUAUCAAACCACCAGAAGAAUUAUUCUUUGUCAUACUAUGUGAUGUUGGAAAAACAAAAAGCAUAAAAGAAGUGUAGAUAUAUUUUACCUUUUAUUUUUAUUUUUUUUAAGACUUUAAAAUAUAUUUUUCAAAGUUAUAGUUUAUCAUGUUGUGGUACUAAAACAAUUCCUUUACAAAUCGGGAAUAAAGAAGUUAUUUUGGGGUUUCGAAGCUCAAAUAAUAAAACUGGAUUUUUUUUCCCAUUUCUACCAACUUCUAAAUAAGAAAUAUUUGGAAAUGGUUGCCCCAUACUUCAUAAUGCACAAGGUGUUAGACAGUUUAGUUGAAAUAGCCCAACCCCUUAAUCCACAAAUAGCUGAAAAUAGAAACUCAUCUAAGUAAUUGAUAUUACUUAUUUAGAAAUGUUUCUUGGUUGCUACAAAAUAGCAAAAAUGAUAUAAAAACAGAGAAAAACGUAGAAUUCGGAUUCCAUGGAAAAUCGUUUUUUUUUUUUUUAAUCUCUAAUCCGAGCUUUUUUUGCCUGCACCAUGUUCAUCUGCCUUUGCGAUUUAAAAUUAUAAGAAUGUAAAAUUCAUAUCAAGAAUUCUGUAGCAGACGGUUUAAUUUGUGCAUUUUAAACUUAUACCCUAUAUGCUCGCAGGGCUAAAUUUAUAUCCCACUUACCCUAUUUUGAUGGCGCUCAAAAUAAAAAAAAAUAAAAAAGGAUUAGAAAAAAAUACCAUUUGUAUAAAAAUGGUAAAAUAUGAGGCAUUUAAAUUUACAUAAGAGUAAAAGCAAAAUUAGGAUUAAUGUAUAUUAUGUUUGAGAAAUGCCAAACGGUCCCCGGUUUAUCUGGUUUCCAUGACACUGGAUUUUAAAUUGUCCAUGUGGGCCGAAUGUAAAAUUUCCAGCAUAAUGUAAAAAGCAAGUACGGUAAAUAUAAAAAAAAAAAUAUUUACUGGUCCUUUUUAAGGGGUUGUAGGCAAUUAGGAGGAAGUGCAUAUAUCGGAACAGGCGCACCAAUAAAUAAUGACAUUAAAUUAAGGGAAUUGUUUACUGUGCAUUAUGGGAAAUGUGACAAUUGAUCCUUUCAGAAGAUACAGGAUAAUCUCUUCCUCCAGAUGCUGCUAUAGACUAAGUUGUGACGCUUAGGCUGUGCCUUUUCACAAUCGCUGCUGAAGACGAAUCACGCUAUAAGGCAGCGAGCUGGGUUCAAAAUGUCUGGAACAUUCACCACUCUCUUGUGCAAUGCUGAACUCAUUGGCAUGCUAUAGCCUUCACAACGAAUGUUACUAUUGUUAAUAUUUAUAUGGAAUAUGUUAUUAAGGUAUUAUUGUUUAAUUAGACGUUAAUUAUUGUUAAUAAGUGCUAUGUAAGAAAAAGUAGCCAGCUCGCUGUGUGCUUUAUGUUAAUCUUCCCUUGGGAAAUACAACUAAAUUGGAAGAUAAGGGCAAAAUUAAUGUGUAAACCCCUUUACUGCCAGCAGGUAGCGCUAUGUACAGCUAUACAAACUGGCAGGAAAGGGGUUAAACGAAUUAGCUCUAAGUGGAAUAUCAAUUGACUGACUGGGAUUUCACUCAUUUCCUACUGGUCACUAAAUAGAGCAGUGAUGGCUAACCUUGACACCAUAAAUUGUUUCUGGACUGCAUUUCCCAUGAUGCUCAGCUAGCUUUUAGAGUCAAAAAGCUAGCCGAGCAUCAUGGGAAAUGUAGUUCAGAAACAAUUUAUGGUGUCAUGGUUAACCAUCAAUGAAAAAGGGUGAUGGAACUUUUUCUAAAACAAGGUAUGUCUGAGCUACGUGUGUAAAUACUGGUUUAAAUAAAGUUUUUUUUAAAUUAGUGUAUUUUUAAAGUGCAUCAGUCACACAAAUAUGACAUAGUAUCACUUUAUAGUGCAUGAAAUGUAAUCUGUGCAUUGUAUUGUCUGUUAUUAUGGUACAGCUGAUUUAAAGGUCUAGGCAAGAUGGGAGCAUACGAUGGGUUGCCCUACUUACCCUGCAGUAUGUAGCAAGCAACCUUCUAAUUAAAAAAAGAAAAUCAACUAACUGCAAUGUAUGACUUUAACAUACUGCAGGGUAACACUUCUCAUGUGCCGUGUAUCUACGUGAAGAAACCAUUGUUUUCAAAGUGCAAGAUUCUGCAUUGAAUUUCUUCACAUUUUUCAGGAAUUAUGGGAUGCCUUACUUUGCAUUGUGGGUACGAAAACCCAGACGUAAUUACGUUUUAACACUACACAUUUACUUUUUAUAUCAUGCCUUGGCAAGCUCUCAAGUCAUGAAGGAGUUCAAUGUACUCUGGUUUGUAAUCUUUGACGAAAUAAUUCAGAGGUUAAUGAUACAGACAAUUACUGUUAAAUGCUAUGUGAACUGACAAACACAUUUCUGUGCAAGUUUAAUCCUAUGACCUACUGAAGGACAACGGUAGCAAAAGUUAUUUUAUUUUAAUGUAUAUUUUUUUAUUUCAAGACGUUUUUCAGAAUAAACUUUAACUGUGCAAUAUUUAGAUUGUUGUUUUUAAGGGAGAGAUACAAUUAAUGAAGUAUUGUAAGCAGAGCACAUUUUUUGAACUGCAAGUUUAACUCCAAUAAAGGUUUAUUAAAGCAAACCGA